UCCACCCGGUCAAGAACCGUCACAUUUGGUAGCCGGACUCAACCUAUUUUUUGGAGAUGGAAAAACUGUCAUCUAUAUAAAGCUCGAUCGGAUUCACUUUAACUCAACAUUUGUCAUGAAAAGAAUGACAAAAGAUAUUUUGUGACAGUUAUAUUUCUUCUAUUAUUUAUGCAUAAUUUCCCCACAACAGAGCUCGUGCUUCAUUGGGUGGCGAUUGAGGACGGGACCGUUUCCUGGUAUUCGAGGCAGGCUGAAUUAGGAGCUGGUGUAAGAAAACAGGGCUCUAAAUCUUUAGCACAAGCGUACUGCAUGGUCAGACCAUGGGAUGGUUGCUUCUUCAUGCUCAAGUGCGCUGACGACUCUGCCCUGUCUUUUAAAGUCCCCUCAAUGGCCGACGCCGCGGCAUCAAGAAAAAGGUGGUUGGAUGCCUUUGAGGCGCACUCGUCUUACAGCACUCGCCAGGAGAACACACGCGACGCAAAUAGCGACGCCGGCGUUGCGGCGAGCGACGUAACGCAGGCUCUGCAGGCCGCCGGCGCCUGUCAGCAGAAACUGGAACGUGAGGUCUCCACUUUUCUUUCUUUGGUGAAGAAUGAGGCCAACUAUUCACUGGCUGCGCCUCUUAUCCUGAAAGCCGAAGAGACCAGCCGGCUCUCCGGCGAAACUUGUGCUGCUCUCUGGCUCUGCCUUCAGCUUUUGUCCAAACAAGAAGAGGUGUGGAGGCUGAAGUUGGAACGGGAGGAGGAGAAGAACAAAGCCCUGACGGAGGCGCUGCAGACGAUCGCCAGCGAGCACCGCGAGCUCAAGCGGUCGCUGAGCGAGAGCAGGAGUUGGGCCGUCCUCGGCACGCUCGCCCAAGAUGAUUUCUACGACGCCGUCUCAGAGUCCGAGUCGGAGCAGUCCGUGAGCGGCAGCCGCUCUUGCGAAGAGGACGAGGGGAGCGACGCCACCCUCAGCAGCAGCGUCCGCCGCCAUCCAAGCGCGCUCGCAGGGGCCGCCGGAAUGUCGGGGGAGCGUCACCAUGGCAACCGUAACGAUGCCGCCAAGAAGCACAGAACAUCUCUCCCGGCUCCGAUGUUCUCCCGAAACGACGUCGGCAUCUGGAGCAUCUUGAAAAAAUGCAUCGGCAUGGAGCUGUCCAAGAUCGCCAUGCCGGUCAUCUUAAACGAGCCUCUGAGCUUCCUCCAGCGGCUCAGCGAGUACAUGGAGCACACCUCGCUCAUCCACCGCGCCAACGCCGCCGCCGACUCAGUCCAGCGGAUGAAGUGUGUUGCGGCGUUUGCGGUGUCCGCCGUGGCGUCGCAGUGGGAGAGGACCGGCAAGCCCUUCAACCCUCUGCUGGGCGAGACGUACGAGCUCAUCAGAGACGAUCUGGGCUUCAGGUGGGUGUCGGAGCAGGUGAGCCAUCACCCUCCCGUCAGCGCCUUUCACGCCGAGGGCCUCAAGGAGGAUUUCGUCUUCCACGGCUCCAUCUGCCCCAAAAUCAAGUUUUGGGGCAAGAGCAUAGAAGCGGAGCCCAAAGGAGUCGUCACGCUGGAGCUCCCCGAGUACGGCGAAGCCUACACCUGGACGAACCCCACCUGCUGCGUCCACAACGUCAUCGUCGGCCAGCUUUGGAUCGAGCAGUACGGCGGCGUGGAGGUCGUCAAUCACAAGACCGGCGAGCGAUGCAGCAUGACCUUUAAACCCUGCGGCCUCUUUGGGAGGGAGCUCCAUAAAGUGGAGGGAUACAUCCUCGAUAAAAGCAAAAGGAAGCUCUGCGCCAUCUACGGCAAAUGGACCGAGUGCCUGUACACGGUGGACCCCGCGACCUUCGACGCGCACAAGAAGACCGCUGAGGAGAAAAAGGCCCCCAAACGGAGCGGCGCGGACGAGGAGUCCGAGGAGGUGCCCCCGCCCGACGCCGAGACGGCGCAGGUGAUCCCGGGCAGUGAGCUGGUCUGGAAGAUAACGCCUCGACCCGACAACUCUGCCAAGUUCUACGCUUUCUCCGCGUUCGCCAUGCAGCUGAACGAGCUCGACGCGAAGAUGGCGGGACCCCUGCCGUCCACAGACAGUCGUCUCCGGCCCGACAUCCGCGCCAUGGAGAACGGCGAUAUCGAUGCGGCGAGUGCGGAGAAGAAGCGCCUGGAGGAAAAACAGAGGACUGCGCGGAAGAAUCGCGGCAAGUCCCCGGAUGACUGGAAGACCAGGUGGUUUCAGCAAGGAUCCAACCCGCACAACAAAGCUCCAGACUGGCUCUACACGAAGGCUUACUGGGACAGGAAGUACUCGCAGCUGCCCGACAUCUACUAGGACAGGACGCUGCGGCGUUGCCAGUAGAUGGCGAGAUAGAUCUAUAGAAUCAACGUUCAAAUGGGAGUUGCAUUGAGUCCAGUGUGAACAGUAGUGCAAGAAAUAUUUUGUGUAAGGGGGGGGGGGGGGGCUGAUUCAUGCAAAUUUAACUAUAACUACAAGGUGGAGCCGAAUUUAGCUCAACAUUCCGACUUUUCGGUUACCAAAGGCUAAUUCUGCGAUCACUGUAAAAUAUGGCUAAUCUGUACACACACACUGCAGCUCUGCUUACCAUUGAUAUGCUAAUGUGAAAACACCCCAAUUGUGACAUUAAUUGUUUCUUUGGCUUAAUGCAAACAUUUUGAAUUCCCAGUGUGGUUUGACUGCUUUGGUUUUUUUUCUGUUUCCAUAUAUACUGAAGGUUUUGUGCUUAUUGUGAAAGAUAUACUGGAUACAAAUACUUUUUACAUGUCAGGAACAGGUAAAGAGUAAGCUUUUACAAUUAUGUAUUUUUUCUGAUGUUGAGUAAGCUGCUCUCUUAUUGUGAAAGUCAAAUAUGAUCUUUCUAGCAAUAGCAUGCCAGUCGCUAACUAUGCAACCACCUCCACAAACCUCAUGUGAGUAGCUGCUCUUUUAAGAAUAUAACUAUUGUUGUUAAAAGCUAAAUUAUAAUAAAACUUUGGUUUUGCGUGCUAUAAUAAAAAAAAAAUCUAUAUGGAGUCAUUUGCAUGCUAACUUCCUCCCGGACACAUUUUGGUUACAUUAAUCUACGCGGCCGAUGUGUGGGUACGUAGCAACUUUUGUCGAAAGCAAAGCAUCGCUUGUCCCCACA